AUGUCAUACUGGAGUCCUGAUUCGUUAAAUAGAGUAGCAAGUGCCAUUGGCACUCCUCUAUUUGCAGAUGAAUGUACCACAAAGAAGACACGUAUCUCAUUUGCUAGAAUUCUCAUAGAAGUGAAUGUCACAAAAACAUUACCUACAAAGAUUAUUGUGAAGGACCCCAAUGGGAAUGAAAUUGUACAGGUUGUCGACUACGAUUGGAAACCCCAAUAUUGUGAACAGUGUCUGCAAAUUGGCCAUGUCUGCCCUCAGCAAGCAGUACUUGAGCCGCAACAACAAGCUGGUCCACUCAGAAGAAGGAGAAGAAGACGGCCCAGAAAAGUGAUACAAGAAUGGCACUCUAAGGGGGUGAUAACUGCUCCUACUCCCCAAGUUGAUAAUCGUCAACUUGCAGGCGGAAUUGACCAGCCCCUCCAGGAGGAUCCGCAGCCUAUGAUGAGCCUUGGUGAUGACCACAAUCCUAACUCAAAACAACUUGACAAAGGCAAAGCUAAUCAGCCUAGCCCAACACUGAAUGAUACUGAAUUUCUUGCAUUGAGCUCAGUCCAGCCAAAGAGUAGACUUGGAGCACUGCAAAGAGGGGAGAGUACUAGUAGUUCCACCAUCAGAGAUAGAGUUGUUGGCCUUCUGGAAACUAGAGUCAAAGAGCCAAAAGCCCAAAGAAUAAUGCAGAAUUUGUUGCCUGGAUAUAUGAGUCUUCACAACUACCAAAUUGCUGCAAAUGGUAGGAUAUGGCUAUUUUGGGACAGAAAACUCUAUGCAGUGAAUCUGAUUAAAACAGGAGCACAGCUGAUCCAUUGUUUGCUCACAAAUAGGCAAGAUGGGGCAGAAUGGUUGCUCACAAUAGUUUAUGCUUAUAACACUAUUGAACAGAGGAAGGAACUCUGGGAAACAUUGAAGGAAAUCUCACAAACUUGUAAUAAACCUUGGCUAGUGUGUGGAGAUUUUAACAAUGUUUUGUAUACCCAAGAUAGAAUAUAUGGAAACCCUGUGACAGAUGCGGAAAUUAGAGAUUUCACCGAUUGCAUUCAGGAUGUGGGCAUAACAGAACUCCCUUGGAAGGGAAAUUAUUAUACUUGGACAAAUAAUCAACAGGGGAUAGACAGAAUUUAUAGUAGGAUUGAUAGGGCAUUUGGUAAUGAUGAUUGGAUGCAUCAAUGGGGUCGAAUCACCACUGAGUAUGAUGUCCCUAAUGUCUCUGAUCACUGCCCGAUGAUAUUAAAUGUCAAGGCUCAUCAGCUAAAUGUCAAGAGUCCAUUCAGAUUCUUUAACGUAUGGGCUGAUCACCGAGAUUUUUCUGGCAUUGUUGAAAAAGUGUGGCGACACAAACUGGACCAGUGGACAAUGAAGAAUAUUUGGCUGAAGUUGAAAAGCCUCAGGCCUAAACUCAAGAGAUUAAAUCAUGAGGAAUUUAGAAGGGUGACUCAGAAUAUUGAACAGGCUAGAAUUGACCUUAGACAUGCUCAGACUCAACUUGCAAGACAGUAUAGUGAUCCUCUAUUUGCUAUAGAGAAAGAAGCACAACUGAGACUCGAAAAAUGGUCUACCAUUGAAGAAAGUAUUCUUAAGCAAAAAGCCCGAGAUACAUGGAUCAAGUUAGGUGAUUCUAAUACCAAGUACUUCUCUGUAGUAAUUACAGAGAAGCAACACAGGAAACAAAUCACUACCCUCACUUCUCUAACUGGUCUUCAACUAGUAGACAAUGACGAUAUCAAAACUGAAAUUGUACAAUUCUAUCAAGGGCUGAUGGGCACGGCUGCUGCUUCCCUCCCUGCAGUUAAUAAACUUAUUAUGAGGAAUGGUCCAGUCCUAACACCUGCUCAACAGCAAAGCCUUUGCGCUGAUGUUACAGAAGUAGAGAUAUGGGAGGGAUUAAAGGAUAUAGGAGAUGAGAAAGCACCGGGGGUAGAUGGCUAUAAUGCACUGUUUUUUAAAAGGACCUGGCACAUAAUCAAAAAUGAUAUUAUUUCAGCAGUCAAGGAGUUCUUUAUCACUGGAAGACUAUACAAAGCCAUAAACUGCACUGUUGUGACAUUAGUGCCAAAAACAGCACACCCUUCCACAGUCAAAAAGUUCAGGCCAAUUGCGUGUUGCACAAUUCUAUACAAGAUCAUAGCUAAGGUACUGGCUGCCCGGAUGCAAAAGGUAAUGGCUGAUAUUAUUGAUGAGGCUCAGACAGGAUUUAUCCCUGGGAGGAAAAUCGCAGACAAUAUCAUUAUAGCUCAUGAACUAGUGAAAGCUUACACUAGGAAGAAUAUCUCUGCCAGAUGCAUGAUAAAGAUUGACUUAAAGAAAGCCUAUGACUCAGUGGAGUGGAUCUAUCUGCGACAAGUACUAGAGGAGCUCCGAUUUCCUGAGAAAUUUAUUAAAUGGCUACUUGAAUGUGUGCAAACAGUGAACUACUCCAUCAUUGUUAAUGGUUUGCAAGCUAACCUUGAAAAGAGCUCUGUUUACUUUGGAGGAGUCAAUCAAACUGUUCAAGACAAUAUCCUACAGCAUCUUGGAUAUACUCAUGGUGAGCUUCCAUUCAGAUACCUCGGCAUCCCAUUGUCCUCAAAAAAGCUCUCACUCUUACAAUGGCAACCGCUUAUUGAGAAAAUGGGAGGCCGAAUCUCUACUUGGACUGCUAGAAAGUUGUCAUAUGCAGGAAGAAAGCUAUGUCUGGUCUGGGGUAAAUACUAUCACCAAAGAGCUUUAGUUGCCUGGGAUAAGGUAUGCACACCUAAAUCUGCGGGUGGUCUUAAUCUCAUUAACUUGAAGAUCUGGAACAGAGCUGCUAUUGCUAAGAAUAGUUGGGAUGUGGCACAUAAGGAGGAUAAAUUGUGGAUACGAUGGAUUCACACAUACUACAUAAAGGAGCAGAAUUUUGACACCAUGCCUAUACCUCAGCAAGCUUGCUGGAUGGUAAGGAAACUACUUGAGGCCAGAAGUGUGUGGAUUCAACACCCCAUCAAUCAUACUUCAACGAAACAAAGCUUAAUAAGGCAUAUCUAUUUGCAACUGCUUGGUAACCUGCCUAGAACCCCUUGGAAGACAAUGAUGUUUAAGAAUAUGGCAAGGCCUAAAGCUAUACUCACUAUGUGGCUAAUGCUACAAAAGAGGCUGCCAACAGUAGACAGACUUAUUGACUGGGGAAUAAAUGCUGAUCCUGUUUGUUCUCUAUGCAGCAGUACACAAGAAACUCGAGACCACCUAUUUGCAGAUUGUGCACUAACAAAACAGAUGUGGAAUAAACUACUGAAGUGGAUGAAUAGGCCGAGAUGCACAGCCCAAUCUUGGGACCAGAUGCUACACUGGGUAAUUGUUAAUAGCAGAGGGAAGUCUUCAGCAGCUCUGCUGUUCCGUUUGAUCUAUGCAGAAGCUUGCCAUGCUAUAUAG